AUGUACGCCGACAUCUCAAAGCCUCCAGUUCCUCUUCCUCAAGCCAGCCCUAAGUCAAUUGGCGAGGGCAUCACUCUCCUACCCCCACUUUCACGUCGAGGUCACGGCCCUGGACUCAUCAUUCUGCACCCAAACUCAGACAAGCACUUGGAGAUAAUUGAAGGUGUCCCUUCUGCACUCAUUAAAUGGGCCGAAGAAGGCUACGCGGUGGUUGAGAUCCAAGCUAAAGCGUUCGAGAGGGAUGCGAGCGAGGUCCUCAGCGAUGCCUUGAAGGCGUUGAAGAGUUGUGAUAAAUUUGAAGCAGAUAAUAAGAUUGGACUUAUUGCUUACGAUCCCCAGCUCUGGAAUCUGGUAGCGGGGAUACUUGACUCUGUUCCAAGCUUAGCAGGCGCAGUUAUAUACGCCAAUGAUUCUGAUGAAGCUACCCUUCAGAAAGCCAACAUACCAAUCCUGCGUCAUAUAGCUGGUCGAACAGCUAAACUGGAGAGAGAUAGCGGUGCCACAACAUAUUCUUACCCCAACGCCAAAUCCCAUCGGAUGGCCACACCUUUCGUUGACGAUUUCGAUUACUGGGUAGAAUCUCUAUCUCAUACAAGAAAUCUGACCUUCCUCAAACCACUCACUGGAGGCCCGUAUUUCGACCUUGAGGCCAUCUGGGACGAGCAUACGUAUUAUGAGUUUGCCGACCGUUCUGUUGAGCAUACUAUGAGCACCAUGGUAGACCAGCCUUAUGUUAAUCACGUUCCCACACUUACUGGUGGCAUUGGCCGCACGUCGUUGACCAAGUUUUAUCGUGAUAACUUCAUCUUCCAAAACUCUGUAGAUACAGAGUUGGAGCUUAUAAGCCGCACGAUCGGUAUAGAUCGCGUGGUAGACGAGUUCAUCUACAAAUUUACGCACAACAAGACUAUCGACUGGCUAUUACCCGGUAUUCCACCUACCUUCAAGAAAAUGGAAGUCCCUUUUACAGCGGUGGUAAACAUCCGCGGAGAUCGUCUCUACCACGAACAUAUCGGGUGGGAUCAAGGCACAGUUCUUGCGCAAUUGGGUUUGAUACCACAGUAUUUGCCUUUCCCAUUCCCGAUUGAGGGUCAAGAUAAGGAGGCGCAAUUCGAAUAUCGCGUUCCGGUGGUGGGGAUUGAGACAGCUCAGAAGAUGAGGGAUCGCAAUUCUGUUCCUUCGAAUGAGUUGUUUAGUUUUGAAGUUCGUAAAUUGUAG